UCUACAAUGGCGAUAACACGCGCCUCCUUGGCCAUUUGCCUCCUCCUCUCUUUGGCCACUAUAGCCACCGCAGAUUACUACUCCCCCUCAACUCCUCCGGUUUACACCCCACCAACCCACAAGCCUACACUCCCACCUCCGGUUUACACUCCACCAGCUUACAUACCAACCCACCCACCUCCAGUUUACACUCCACCGGUUCACAAGCCAACCCUUCCACCUCCGGUUUACACUACACCGGCUCACAAACCCACCCUUCCACCACCGGUUUACACACCACCCACAUACAAGCCAACCCUCCCACCACCGGUUUACACUCCACCCACAUACAAACCCAAACCCACCCUCCCACCUCCAGUUUACAAGCCUACACUCUCUCCUCCGGUCUACACUAAACCCACUAUCCCUGCUCCAGUCUACACUCCACCAGUUUACAAGCCAACUCUUUCCCCUCCGGUCUACACCAAACCAACUCUUCCACCUCCGGUUUACACUCCACCAACAUACAAACCCACCCUCCCACCUCCAGUUUACACUCCCCCGGUUUACAAGCCAACUCUCUCUCCCCCGGUCUACAAAAAGUCUCCGAGCUAUUCUCCUCCAACUCCUUAUGUCCCAAAACCAACCUACACUCCACCCACCAAACCAUACGUCCCAGAGAUUCUUAAAAUUGUUGAUGGCAUCAUCCUCUGCAAAAACGGUUACGAAACCUACCCAAUCCAAGGAGCAAAGGCCAAGAUUGUGUGCUCCGAGCCAGGAUCAUACGGACAGAGCAAGAAGGAUGUUGUGAUCUACAGCGAUCCAACUGAUUCUAAGGGAUACUUCCAUGUGUCGUUGACCAUCAAGGACCUACUUCACUGUCGUGUCAAACUCUACACAUCUCCGGUCGAGACUUGCAAUAACCCGACCAAUGUCAACAAGGGUCUCACUGGAGUUCCAUUGUCGAUGUAUGGAUACCGUUACCACUCUGACAAGAACUUGAAGAUCUUUAGCGUCGGACCUUUCUACUUCACUGGUCACAAGGCUGCUCCAACCACUCCCAAAUAUUGAUCAUGAUCUCAUCAUUAUAGUGACGAUCUUGCAUGCAUAUUAUAUAUGAGAGGUCACAUUAACCAAUUUAUUGUCUGAAAACUUUUCCCUUCCAAAUGUUAUUUUGUUUCUUUGUACCGAUUCUAUUUGAUUCGUUGCAUUACUAAUGCAAUCUAUCUUUUUGGUUAUGUUUUCUUCAAUUUUAUUUAAUAAAAUUGUAAGAGUAAAAUUGUAAGAGUAACAUAUUCAUAUGAUUAAAGCGACUGCUUAUAUAUAU